GAAAACAAUAUGGCAAAAGAAGAAAAGAAAGUUGAGGUUAUUACAGCAGUUUACAAGGCCUAUCUGCAUUGCCCCAAAUGUGCACAUGACAUUCAGAAGCCUCUCCUCAGAAUCCCAGGGGUUCACAGCGUGGAUGUGAAGUUCGAAAAGGGUGAGAUCACAGUGAAAGGUGGCAUUGAUGCCAAGAAGAUUCAUGCAAGAUUACAGAAAUGGAGUAAGAAAAAAGUGGAGUUAAUUUCAGAGACUAAGUCCAAGGAAGAAGUAAAAGCCAAGGAAGCUAUAAAAAAGAUCACAAUGAAGGCUUAUUUACAUUGCGAUCAAUGCGAACGGGAGGUGCGAAGGAGGCUGCUCAUGCACAAAGGUAUACAUAACGUUACCACGGACACGAAAGCUCAAAGUAUAACAGUUGAGGGAGUGAUGGAGCAAGAAAAGCUGAUAACGUACAUGCGAGAAAGGGUGCACAAAUAUGCUGAAAUUGUCCAAGAAAAGAAAGUAGAGAAGAAGGAAACUGUUAAGGUUGAGGUGAAAUCUGCUGAUGGGGACAAAGUGGUUGAGGAGUUUAAGGAGGUAAAGAAAGUUGAGGUAAAAACUAAGGAAGCUGAAGUUCCCUAUUUCAUUCAUUAUGUGUAUGCACCUCAGUUGUUUAGUGAUGAAAAUCCCAAUGCUUGUUCCAUUUUGUAGAUAUCCAUAUGUACAUUUAAUUAACUUACUCUUGCACUUAUUAAUGAUUAUGUAUCAUAUUUUUGUGUAAUAAUUCAAAUUAAAACUUG